AUGUCUUCAUACUCUACUGUUAAAGCUGCUAACUGGAGAUUCGUCGAAGUUGGUCGUGUUGUUUUAGUUAACAACAAAGACUUAGCUACCGUUGUUGAAAUCAUUGAUCAAAAAAGAGUUUUAAUUGAUGGUCCAAAAAUCCAAAGACAAAACAUCCAAUUAGGUAAAGUUGUCUUAACCCCAAUUGUCUUACCAAACUUACCAAGAGGUGCCAGAACUGCCACCGUUACCAAAAAAUGGGCUGCUGCUGAAGUUGAUGCUAAAUGGUCUAAAACCGCUUGGUCCAAGAAAUUAGAUCAAAAACAAAAGAGAGCUCAAUUAACUGAUUUCGAAAGAUUCCAAGUUUUAGUCUUAAAGAAACAAAGAAGAUAUGCUGUUAAAAAAGCUGUCGCUAAAGCUUAA